AGACUGUACCCCUGGUGUAAACAAACCCCGUGUGGAAGAGCCAAGAGUCAAAAAAGUCUUGAGAUUCUGCUGUUUUUGUUGAAUAAUACGCACACGAUGAAUAAGCAGAGUGUGUGAAUAAGCAGAGAAGAGGAUCAGCAGGAGGAGGGCCUAAAAAUUGGUAUCAGUCAAAGGGAGAAUACUGAACAACAUACAUAGAUCAAGAUACUCAAGAAUCCGGAAGUCUGGAGGUUCUGCUGUUUUUGUUGAAUUAUACGCGGACGACGAAUAAGCAGAAGAGAGAAUCAGCAGGAAGAGGACCUAAAUAUCGAUACAAGCCAAAGGAAGAAUACUGAACAACACACAUACUCCAAAAUCCCAAAGUUUUGAGAUUCUGCUUUUUCUGCUGAAUAAUACGCACACGAUGAAUAAGCUGAGUGUGUGAAUAAGCAGAAGAAAGGAUCAGUAGGAGGAGGACCUACAAAUCGAUAUAAAUCAAAAGAAGAAUACUGAACAACAUACACACGCUCUAGAAUCCCUGUACCUAUAAACAUAUCCCGUGCAACUAUUCAACACCAACAACAACGCUCAUAGUCUGCAGAAGAGUGUUAACUAGCCCCCUAAAAUACUCCAGAAGAAGAAGAAGAGUGUUUUAAUCUAAUUUUGGGUUCCAGUAACUCAUGUAUGAGAGACUGAAGUGCCUGUUAUAGUGUGAUGGAAACCUACACUUAGAAAUACAGGAAAACCUAGUACUUCACACGCAGGCUGUUCAAGGUAACCCUCCAACAUGGACAAGAAACGACCCCAAGCCAAUGGGCACUCUGCUCCUCCCAAGAAGUCACGGGCUGAAAAUGAUGAGGAAGAUAUGGAAUGUGAUUUUGACUUUAAUGGCGUGGACUUCGAUGAGGAGAUGACCAGCCAGGAGAGUGAUGAGCCAAUAACAAAUGGAGGAAGAGUAGUAGUGGAGGACGAGGAUGGUGAAGGUUCCUGGGCCCGGCCUCCCCUGCCCUCCUUCAACCCUUCGCAGGAAUCCCUCAUCUUCCAGCAGAUAGAAAUAGACUACUAUAUAGGCCCCCCUCGCGCCGGCAUGCCAGGGCAGCAGAGUGGAAGAGUGCCAGUGAUGCGCAUGUUUGGGGUGAAUGAUGCAGGCAACUCAGUCUGCUGCCACGUCCACGGAUUCUCUCCCUAUUUCUACGUCACCUGUCCUGCAAUUUUUAAGGAAACUCACAUGGCAGACUUCAAGAAUGCACUGAAUAAAGCACUGCUGGAUGACAUGAAGAGCAACCGAGAGCGUAUCACCGACCCAGUCUUGGCGGUGGAGGUGGUGCAGCGCGAGAGCAUUUACGGCUACCAUGGCAACCAGUCAUCCCAGUUCCUCCGCCUAACCCUUGCCUUGCCCCGCCUCAUUCCUGCUGCUAAGAGGCUGCUGGGCGAGGGCAAGGUGUUCGUCCCCAGCUUAGGCACCCCUGUUUAUGAAGCCUAUGAGUCCAACAUUGACUUUGAGAUCAGGUUCAUGGUGGACACACAUCUGGUGGGCUGCUGCUGGGUGGAGCUUCCCCCCAAAACCUGGACUAUCCGCAACACAGACCUGCAAACUCGCUGCCAGCUGGAGGUUGAUGUGGCCUGGAACAAGUUCUGUGCCCAUGAGCCAGAGGGAGACUGGUCACGUGUGGCUCCUCUCAGAAUCCUUUCCUUUGACAUCGAGUGUGCUGGACGCAAAGUACUGGACCGCCAGGGAAGGGUCAUUAACUGUGUGUUUCCGGAGCCCGACAAGGACCCAGUCAUCCAGAUCGCAGCGAUGGUCAUCAGGCAGGGUGAAACUGAGCCCUUCGCCCGCACCAUCUUCACUCUCAAGGACUGCGCACCCAUCGUGGGGACUCGAGUGCAGUGCUUCAACAAGGAGAUCGAAAUGCUGGAGAGCUGGUCCAGGUUCGUUCGCCUCACGGACCCCGACAUCAUCACCGGCUACAACAUCAACAACUUCGACCUCCCGUACCUCCUCAACCGUGCCAAUGCCCUCAAGUCCAGCACCUUCCCCUUCCUGACUAGGGUGAAGGAUGCCAGGUCGGUGAUCAAGGAGGCAGUGCUGCAGAGUAAACAGAUGGGCCGACGAGAGAACAAGUCCAUCAACAUUGACGGUCGCUGUCAGUUUGAUCUUUUAAUGGUGUUGCUGAGGGACUACAAGCUGAGAUCCUACACACUCAACGCCGUGUCCUACCACUUCCUACAAGAGCAGAAAGAAGACGUCCAUCACUCCAUCAUCUCAGACCUACAGGAAGGGAACCCUCAGACCCGCAGGAGGUUGGCUGUGUACUGCCUGAAGGAUGCACUGCUCCCCCUGCGCCUCUUGGACAAGCUCAUGUGUGUUAUCAACUACAUGGAGAUGGCGAGGGUGACGGGGGUGCCUCUGUCCUACCUCCUGACACGCGGCCAGCAGAUCAAAGUUGUUUCUCAGCUGCUUAGAAAGGCGGUGGAGCAAAACUUGGUGCUGCCAGUUCACAAGGGCGCCGGGGAGGACGAGUACGAGGGCGCCACCGUCAUCGAGCCUCGCAAGGGGUACUACAGCCAGCCCAUCGCCACCCUGGAUUUCUCGUCUCUGUACCCGUCGAUCAUGAUGGCCCACAACCUCUGCUACACCACCCUCUUGGCCUCCCCCAGCAAGGCUCAGGAAUAUGGCCUCUCCCCAGAAGACUUCAUCAAGACUCCAUCCGGGAACUACUUCGUCAAGAGCCACAAACGCAAGGGACUGCUGCCGGAGAUCCUUGAAUCUCUAUUGGCUGCCCGUAAGAAGGCCAAGAAUGAUCUGAAGAAGGAAACCGACCCCCUGAGGAAAAAGGUGUUGGACGGCAGACAGCUGGCCCUCAAGAUCUCGGCCAACUCUGUCUACGGAUUCACCGGGGCACAAGUGGGGAAGCUGCCAUGCCUGGAGAUCUCGCAGAGCGUCACCUCCUUUGGCCGCACCAUGAUUGCAUUCACCAAGGAGCAGGUGGAGGAGAAGUACACCAUCGCCAAUGGCUACACCCACAAUGCUGAGGUGAUCUACGGAGACACAGACUCCGUGAUGAUCUUGUUUGGGGUGGAGACGGUGGCCGAGGCGAUGGAGCUGGGGAACGAGGCGGCAAGCUACGUAUCUGAAAAAUUUGUGAAGCCUAUCAAGCUGGAAUUUGAAAAGGUCUACUUCCCGUACCUUCUGAUCAACAAGAAGAGGUACGCAGGCCUGUACUUCACGCGUGCUGAUCGCCACGACAAAAUGGACUGCAAAGGCAUCGAGACUGUGAGGCGUGACAAUGCUCCCCUCGUGGCCAAUCUUAUCAACACUUGUCUGCAGAAGAUCCUGAUUGAGAGGAACCCAUCAGGAGCUGUGGACUAUGCCAAACAGGUCAUAUCAGAUCUGUUGUGCAACCGAGUUGAUAUAUCCCAGCUUGUAAUCACCAAGGAGCUCACCAAGACAGAGAAGGAGUAUGCAGCCAAGCAGGCCCACGUGGAGCUGGCCAACAAGAUGAGGAAGAGGGACGCUGGCACGGCCCCCAAACUGGGCGACCGUGUGCCCUAUGUAAUCGUGGCCGGAGCGAAGGGGACGCCAGCCUACGAGAAAGCAGAGGACCCAAUAUAUGUGCUAGAAAACAGUCUCCCCAUCGAUUACGAGUACUACCUCUCCAACCAGCUCAGCAAGCCCCUCCUUAGGAUCUUCGAGCCAAUACUUGGGGAGAAGGCGGAAUCCCAGUUGCUGAAGGGGGACCACACUCGUUCCCGCAUCAUCGCCCACAGCAAGGUCGGCGCAAUGGCUAAGUUUAUCACCAAGAAGGCCUCGUGUGUGGGCUGCAAGGUGCCGGUUCCCUCCGCCUCAGAAGCACUCUGUAAACACUGUAAGGCUCGGGAGAGUGAAGUUUACAUGAAGCAGACCAACGCCCUCGGAGCCAUGGAGCAAAAGUUUUCAGAGCUUUGGACGCAGUGCCAGAAGUGCCAAGGCUCCAUCCACGAGGAGGUCAUCUGUACCAGCCGAGACUGCCCCAUCUUCUACAUGAGGAGGAAGGUGCAGCUGGAGUUGGUGGAGCAGGAAAAAGUGCUGCAGAGGUUUGGCAACCCGUCCUGGUAACGGGUGAUGUGUGAAUGGAGUGUUGGCUGCCCCGUGGGUGUAAGUCUCAGGAUACAGAAGAAGGAACAAGUUUUCCUAUUUGUAUAUUUGUUAGAGAUGCUGUAUGACUGUAAGUGCCUGAAAGCUUGUCGAGAGAUGCUGCAAAUUGCUUAGAACUUUCCACCCAUUAAGAGAAAAGAUACAUUUUAUACCAAGAAGUAGGUUGGUUAUAGCUUUAGUAACUUUGCUGUGAUGUGUGAAUAAUAAAUUAAUAUUUUUUACACCAAGAACUCGACACUAUUGAUGACAGUAAGCACUCUAUGUAAACCAAUUUUCAUUUUAGAUAUCAUAAAAUAUUGUUAGACAUUUUGCAGUGAAAAAGGACGUUUGUCUUUACAAUAUUGGCGAAAGCACUCUUAGAGGUAUAUUGUUCUCCCAUCCGUGGUAAAAUUCAUCUUAUAGGUAUGUGAUAAUGAGAGCCUUGUAAUACUGACAAUGAAAAUGAACUUGUGUUAGAAUAGCAAUAUCAACUGUUUGGCCAAAUAAGAAGAGCCUUGUUAUACUGGCAAACGAAGAUGAGCUUGUGUUGAAAUAGCAACAUCAACUGUUAGGCCAAAUAAGAAGAGCCUUGUUAUACUGGCAAAUGAAGAUGAACUUGUGUUAGAAUAGCAAUAUCAACUGUUUGGCCAAAUAAGAAGAGCCUUGUUAUACUGGCAAAUGAAGAUGAACUUGUGUUAGAAUAGCAAUAUCAACUGUUUGGCCAAAUAAGAAGAGCCUUGUUAUACCGGCAAAUGAAGAUGAGCUUGUGUUGAAAUAGCGACAUCAACUGUUAGGCCAAAUAAGAAGAGCCUUGUUAUACCGGCAAAUGAAGAUGAGCUUGUGUUGAAAUAGCGAUAUCAACUUUUUGGCCUAAUAAGAAAAGCCUUGUUAUACCGGCAAAUGAAGAUGAACUUGUGUUAGAAUAGCAAUAUCAACUGUUAGGCCAAAUAAGAAGAGCCUUGUUAUACCGGCAAAUGAAGAUGAGCUUGUGUUGAAAUAGCGAUAUCAACUUUUUGGCCUAAUAAGAAAAGCCUUGUUAUACUGGCAAAUGAAAAUGAACUUGUGUUAGAAUAGUACUAUCAACUUAGUACUUCCUGUGCCCUGUGUCACCUGGGGAAGGCCUGGCAGGACUUGGACACUUUCUUUGUAUCUCAUUCAGGUCACAUUUUAUAAAGUUUUAUAUAAAAA